CUUAUUUUAGGUUGAACUGGCCUACGUAAGAGACAUUCGACUAAAUACCUUUUGCCGGGGAAUGGGCGAUAGUAAUCAGAAGCGCCCCACGCCGCCGGGAAGCUAUCACUUCGUGACGGACCCAGAGCCAGGCCAGCCAAGCCAGAUUCGGCGUCAUGUUGCCAGGGAAAGAUGGCGCCAACGAAAAGCGUCAGGGCUUGAGCGUUCCCAAAGGACCAAACCUCGCAGGCUAGCAUCGGCACCGACAUUGUCAGCUUCGGCAUCGUCGCCUUUUGAUUUUGACACUGCGUCAAGCCUAUCAAAAAGCAACUAUUCGCGAGAAGUAUUCAUCAAUUUAGGGCAUUCUCUUCAGAAAGGGCCCAUGAAAUGGAUAGUCUCAAGGAUACUAAAGUCCUCCCAACCUAGCCCAAGCCCAUACCAGUCACCAGGUUAUGCAGAAUUCGAACCUUUCAAUGGGCUCCGCCUUUCGUUGGAUGACCAGAGCCUUCUUCAUCACUGCGAGACCACAACAUGUGAGAGGCUGGAAGCUAGACUGACCAUCAAGGACAAACGUGUAUGCUUUUAAAGCGUUCGGGCAGCCUAACGGCCCCACAUUCCUCCCCUUGAGCAACGUUUACGUACCUAUUGACUUGUCGGAUCAAGCAUCGACACAUGCAACACUGGCUCAUGCUGCAAGCCAUAUGGCAUAUCUUCAUGGAAAGCCUUCCUCUAUCUCAACACUAUCUCAUAAAAGUGCUGCGAUCAAGUUGAUCAACGAG